AUGUCGUACAAUCAAUACAACUACAGACACAAUUCAAUAGGUGGUAACUGGCAUUUACCACCACCAAAUCAUCAUCAUCAACAACAACAACAGCAGCAGCAAUACCCCAAUGGAAGACCCACCAAUAGUGACAUGCAGGCGCUGGAUCAAAUUUAUCUACCGCAACAAGCAUACAAAUCAAAUCAGGCCCCGGGGUUUCGUAAUCCAUGGUUUUCCAUGAAUCAUCCGUCAUCUACUGCUUCAUCUCCAUCUGCAUCUUCGUCUGUAAUGUCACAAUCGCCUACCAAAUCCCAUCAUAUACCGUUAUUGCAACAACACCAGCCACCUCCUUUGAAUAAGAGAUUAUCGUUUACAAAUCAGCUUCUGACAACCUACGAAAACGAGAAUUCUAAUCCCACAAACCCACAAGUAUCCCCUUAUAUCCACCCACCUACUCGUGCCGAUAACCCAUUUACUCAGUACUUUUCGAAUCCUGAGGUAUCGCUUAAUAAUCCUAAUGAUCGCCGAAUGUCAGCAGCAGUGGAUGGAACCUACAGCAACCCAUACGGUUACAACCAACAGAACAGGGCUGCAUUAGUCCAAGGUGGAGCUCUCUUUGGUGGUAAUGGUGAUGCUUCCGUGGCACAAGGAGUGGCACCGGGACUCUCCCAAUUUAUCAAUCCUAAUAUGGCACCUGGUAUGACACCAGGGUCUAGUGGUGCAAACCGAAGAUCAUCAGUAGCUGUUAUGCCAAAUCACUACUAUCAGCAACCAAUUCAGGCUUAUGAUAAUAAAGGUGGUCAACACUAUGCCUCACCUGCGAGAAGAUCCGGCUCAAUAGUGCAAUACCAGCAAUACCAACAAGCACUCCAACACCAAAAGACAACAAAGCCUAGAAAACCUGCACCUAAAGCGAGGAAAAUACGCAAUAAAGCAGAGCUUUCUCCAAAAAUUCACCAACAACCAAAGUACAGACGGUGCUCUGUUAAUUCCAUCCACAUUUCCCCUCUUAAUGCAUUAUCAGUUUACCUAACUGAGUCAUAUAGUAUCUGCCAACCGAGAAAAUUUCAAUAUUCCAAGUCGACAAAUCCAAAGAGGGUUUUAACAAAACCUCUGGAUCCAAAGUUCAACAACGGCUAUGACAACGAAGAAAGCGAUUACAUCCUCUAUGUCAAUGAUAUGCUAGGAAGUGAGGAAGGUAGAAAGUAUAUGGUCCUCGAUUUACUCGGCUCUGGUACAUUCGGACAGGUUGUAAAAUGCCAAAAUUUGAUUAACCAAACUGUAUGUGCCGUUAAGGUGAUCAAAUCCAAGCCAGCAUAUAUGAAUCAAUCGUUGACAGAAGUGCGAUUACUCGAGUUUUUGAAUAACAACAGCGACGGUAAAAGUUUCAUCAGACUAUUGGAUACUUUCAUGCACAAGGAACAUUUAUGUUUGGUAUUUGAGCUCUUGGCAUCAAAUCUCUAUGAAUUGAUAAAGCAAAACCAAUUUCAAGGAUUAAGUAUGAAGUUGGUAAAACUUCUUACCAAGCAAUUACUAGAUGCAAUGGCCCAGUUGAAGAAUUUUCAAAUGAUUCAUUGUGAUUUGAAGCCAGAGAAUAUUUUGCUAUGUCAGCCAGAUAAACCUAAUAUUAAAGUGAUUGAUUUUGGAUCGGCAUGUUUUACAAGACAAACUAUCUAUACAUAUAUCCAAUCAAGGUUUUAUCGAUCACCAGAGGUUAUCCUUGGUUUACCUUAUACAGAAUCCAUUGACAUGUGGUCUUUGGGUUGCAUCGUGGGAGAGUUUUUCUUAGGAUUACCUAUGUUUCCAGGCACUUCUGAGUACAAUCAAAUUUGGAAAAUUGUUGACAUGUUAGGUCCUCCUCCAAGACAUAUGAUUGAAGUAGGACGAAACUCAUCAAACUUUUUCAAGAAAAUACCUAGUGACACUACAGAUGGGAAACCCACUUACGAAAUCAAAACAUUUGAAGAGUAUACACAUGACUUGCAAGUAGCAAAAGUGGAAAGUGGAUCAAGUCACGCACACAAAAAGGAACAACCAAACAAGAACUACUUUAAACACAAAUUAUUGAAGGAUAUCAUAUUGAACUACAAGCUACCUAGCAAGAAGAUGACAAGUCUGAUGGUUGAGAAAGAAUGUCAAGAACGAUUGUUGUUAGUUGACUUUUUGACCAAAGUGCUUAAUCUCAAUCCUUUAGAAAGAUUAACUCCACAGGAGGCCUUGAAGCACCCGUUUGUUCAGGAUGUGAGAUCUAUUGAGAUGCCUACGGUAUAA